AUGGCGUCGUGCAGAUUCCGCUCCACCUCGUUCAGCACGUCCUUGGAGGCGCCGCGUAGGACGAUGGAGCAGGCCUUGGGGUCCUGUGGACACGGGGAGGGCGGGUGUGUUGCGGUCACGGCCAUGUGCGAUGGAUUCUGGCACAGGGCCUGUGCAGCGCCUGCUGCACUGGCGCAGCGGCCGGCUCAGGGGCCCGGCCUCGGAGCGCGGUCGUGCCAGCAGAGCCUCUUUCUGUACACCCCUCCCGUCGAGUACAUGGCGCUCAUUCCCUGCUACCCGAAGCUUUGCGCUUGUGUGGCAGCGAGGCCGUGGUCAGACUCUUUCACCCCAAAACGUACACGCCUCCAGCCCAGCACAGAACUCAGACACCAGCACACCUCGCAGUCGACAAUGAAUGUCCAGAACUCGUCGCCGAUCUUGCGGACCUCGAACAGGCCGGCCCCCGUGCCGAUGUCGCGCUCGGUGGCCUCGUCGGGGCGAGACACGAUGGUGGCCCCCGCCGCUCGCGCGAUGCGGUUGUUGUCCGUCUUGCGCAGGCGGCGGAUGGCGGAGAUGCCGGCCUUGGUCAGGUAG